AUGGGCAAGCACAAGGAUCACCAGUACGGAUUGGUUUUCGACGCUGGAAGUUCCGGCACCCGGGUCUAUGUGUACAGCUGGCUCAAGGCCAAUGCUGCACGGAGGAAAGGCGACAGGGAGGAUUUACAGAGUCUCCCUGAUAUCAAGACGAAGAAGAAAUGGAUCAAGAAAGUGCAUCCUGGCAUUUCAACAUUCGGCUCUACACCCGAGUCUGUGGGACCCGAUCACCUGAAGGACCUGGUCGAUUUUGCGCUGGACAUUGUUCCAAAGAAAGAGGUGGAAAACACGCCCGUCUUUCUCUUAGCUACUGCGGGCAUGCGACUGUUGCCCGAUGACCAGCGUGCGGCUGUACUACAACACGUGUGCUCUUACUUUCAGCAAAACACGAAAUUCCAACUUCCAGACUGCAAUCUCCACGUGCAAGUAAUUCCCGGCGAGACCGAGGGCUUGUAUGGUUGGAUUGCCGCAAAUUACCUCCUCGGUGGAUUCGAUGAGCCUCAAAUGCACAAUCAUGGAGAUGGACAUCACACCUAUGGAUUUCUAGACAUGGGCGGUGCAUCCGCACAGAUUGCAUUUGCGCCUAAUGCGACCGAGGCGGAAAAGCAUGCCGAUGAUCUGAAACUCCUGAGACUAAGAAAGGUCAAUGGCGAAGCGUUGGACUAUCGCGUAUUUGUGACAACGUGGCUUGGAUUUGGUGCGAACGAGGCGAGAAGACGAUACGUGGAACAUUUACUGGAUGCGUCACCGAACUCGAAAGAACUUCCAGACCCGUGUCUACCUGUUGGAAUUACAGUCAAGAAGACCGGCGAGGAAAUCAAGACUGGGUCGAAGGAGCUCAAAGGAAAGGAGCCUCAUCUCAUUGGUACUGGAGACUUCACGCAAUGUCUCAAAAGCACGUACCCACUGUUGGAGAAAGAGAAGGCAUGUACCGACCAACCGUGUCUGUUGAACGGUGUGCAUACCCCCGCCAUUGACUUUGGCGUGAAUCAUUUUGUGGGAGUAUCAGAGUAUUGGCAUACUACGCACGAGAUCUUUGCCAUGGCGCACAAAGAUAAAGCGUACGAUUUCCAGACAUAUCAACAGCAGGUAACGGAAUUCUGCUCAAGAGAUUGGAAAGGAAUUGGAAAAGACGUGGCGAAGCAAAAGUGGGGACACAAGGUGGACGAGAAGACCGUGGAAGAGGUGUGCUUCAAGGCGAGCUGGCUAAUCAACAUGCUCCACGAAGGCAUUGGUGUUCCCAGAGUGGGUAUAGAGGCCGACAAGGGUUCCGGGAACAAGACAGACGCCGUGGUAGCUGGUGCGAAGGACCGCGGCUUCUUGGACCCAUUCCAGGCGGUGGACGAGAUUGACGGGAAGGAGGUCAGCUGGACACUUGGAAAGAUGGUGUUGUAUGCAUCCUCUCAGAUGCCUGCUGCUGCUGGCGCCAUGGCAGUUGGCUUUGGGAGCAACAUCGAGGGCAGUAGACUGCCUUCCGAUUUUCAAUUCCCAGGAGGUCGACUGGUGAACAGCACCACCAUGGCUGGGGAAGGCAACGACUGGCACGAUAGACUGCUGGCGAGCAGCUAUUCGCGGCAAGCUCCUGGCAUUGCAAUAUUCCUGCYCAUCCUCGCGCUAGCCGUCUAUCUUCUCUGCGGGCGCGAACGCCGGCUUUCCCUCUGGCAUAAAGUCCUGUCCCUCACUGGCCAGAAGAAGCGCAGGAAACCGGGACACAACGUAGGCGGCAAGUUCUUCGGCAACUCCUCCCCCACUUACGAUCGUGUGCUUGAAGAGGCGGAUCCCGACGACUUUGAACUCGCGGCAAUGUCCGACGAGGAGCGCUACUCCGAUUCUAGCAUCGGACACGGCAACGGUAGCAGUUUGGACGCUGCACGAAAUGGAAGAACGAGCGGAAUCAUGACGCCGGGCACUAGAGGACUAUCGCCUGAUUUCCAGCGAAGCUCGCCCAAAAUCAAGGGCUAUUUCGACACGAACACGCCGCCCGGGACAUCCCAUGGUCUUGGUAUCACGCCUUUUGAGCGCGGAGGGCUGCUUUCUAGGAGCGAGAGCAAGGAAACAUUGGCGCCCACUUCGAGCAGGAGUCGGAGGGCGAGUCCCACGAGGAGAAGUCCGCUGACCCCCUUCAAGGAGAGCGUGGAGUGA